UGCAUGCACUGUGUAUUGUGUAGGCGUUGGCGACUUGACCAAGUGUGGUUACAUUGAAUUGUCAUUUGACGAAGUUGAAGACGAACCAUACCUGAAAAAAAACCAAUCGUCUGACCGUUCGACCAUCAAAUAUCACCGGAGUGUCUCGAUCAAUCGAUAAAUCACUCAAAGUAACAAUCGCCGUGAGUUAUUCGUGGUACAUAUGUAGUCUCACCGGCAGUGGACAUUUCACAAGUGUUUGUAAAACAUUUUCCAACGCAUCUCCACGAUGAAGCAGUGAAGGAUCAUUACCCCCGGGAAAUCGUGUGAAUGCUCCGGAUGAGGAAAAUGUAAAGUCCAUCUGAGAUGUUUAAUUAUUUGGAAAAUACACUCUGUGGAGGAUCUAGAUACAACAAAUUGGCAAAAGACGUGUCAGAUGCGCUCAAUUUCCUACAACGGCCGUCAAUAAUUCAGUAAUAGAAUUCAAUAUCAACUGUCAACCCGAGAGGAAUUCAUAAAGCUGGACUGUGAUACACUGCGUAAAAAGACUCCAGGCAUGUCCAACAAUCAGCUCGUUGAUUCGUGUCUGCUGGUGAACCGGAGGGUUGAGCAGCGUCAAGAGCACAACGUAACACGAAUUGAAAUAAAAAAGAGUGGUCCAACUGAAACGGAUUACCACAGCAGCAAUGGACAAACGGAAACGCAUUCUGUUCACUCGUCGCAAUUGUCCGUUCAGGAUGAUCCAUUGCUCGUUCGAGGGCACAAUCAACAAACAUCCCAGCAAAUAACAUCAGUGACCAAAGUAAUCCGCGAGGUAUCCCACAUAGAGCCCGAGGCUGGGGCAGUUAAUUACAUCCCAAUGCCCCUAAUGUCUCAGGAGUAUCCACAUGGGGAUCCCUGCUAUGCAGCCGAUCCCUACAUGGUCAAUUUUGAUCACUACGAUCCUUACGUUGGAUAUGCUACGCAGGCUGAAUAUCCAGCCCCUCAUGCUGCUUAUGCCCAGGACUCACACUCACCACACAGUCCACACAGUCCCUCGGAUCACAGCCGUACAACACCACCACACGAGUACCUUCGUAAAGGGCCCCAGUACGUCGAGGGUGGGUACAAUGACAUGGAGUCAGUCCUAAAUCCAGCCCUCCAGGAUCACUACAGAAUAACCCCGAGUCCCGGAGGUCCAGGUGAUCAGUACGAUGAGAGUAAAGUGGCCUAUGGUUAUGUAUCACCCUCGCCCUACGGUCCAGUGGCCUACGGUCCCACCAUUGGUGUACCCCCUGUGGCAAUAUCCAGCGAGGGCCCGUCCUACGACGAGUCCCACCAGGUGCAGCUACCCGUUAGUCUUGCUCCAGGUAUGUUCGAGGAUGAUCUCCAUCUCCAGCGACUCCAGACUCGACACUCAGUGCCAGGAAUGGCGAGUCCACUGGGUGAUGAUCCAAAAUCAAUGCGCUGGCGUGAUCCAAAUCUCUCGGAAGUCAUUGGCUUUCUCAGCAAUCCAAACAACAUAAUAAAAGCCAAUGCUGCAGCUUAUCUCCAGCAUCUCUGCUACAUGGACGAUCCGAACAAGCAAAAAACAAGAUCCUUGGGUGGUAUUCCACCUCUUGUCCAAUUACUUGAGAAUGAGAGUCCCGAUGUGUACAGAAAUGCCUGCGGUGCACUGAGAAAUUUGUCUUACGGACGUCAGAACGACGAGAACAAGCGAGCCAUUAAAAAUGCCGGUGGUGUACCAGCAUUAAUUAGUCUAUUGCGACGGACAUCAGACGCCGAUGUCAAGGAAUUGGUCACCGGUGUACUCUGGAAUUUAUCAUCGUGCGAGGAUUUGAAAAAAGCUAUAAUUGACGAUGGUGUUACACUUGUUGUUAACAAUAUAAUAAUACCGCACAGUGGAUGGGAUCCAAGUGCUUCCAAUGGUGAGACUUGCUGGUCAACAGUAUUCAGAAAUGCCUCGGGUGUACUUAGAAAUGUAUCCAGUGCUGGGGAAUAUGCGAGAAAAAAAUUGAGGGAAUGCGAUGGCCUUGUCGAUGCACUCCUCUAUGUCGUUAGAUCGGCUAUUGAAAAAUCAAAUAUUGGGAACAAGAUUGUUGAGAAUUGUGUCUGCAUUCUGAGGAAUUUGAGUUAUCGGUGUCAGGAGGUUGAGGAUCCGAAUUACGAUAAACAUCCGAUACAGUCAAUUGUUCAGAAUCGCAUUGCUGCACCUGUCAAGGGAGAGAACUUGGGAUGCUUUGGGGGAAGUAAGAGGAGGAAAGAUGGCCAGCCAGCGCAGAAGGAAGUGACAACGUCUAAGACUGUUACCACAGCUAGAACAGAACCUGUCAAGGGAAUGGAAUUAUUGUGGCAGCCUGAAGUUGUACAGUGUUACUUGAGUCUCCUUCAAACCUGCUCCAAUCCGGAAACACUGGAGGCAGCUGCUGGUGCACUACAGAAUCUUGCUGCUUGCUACUGGCAACCAAGCAUUGAAAUACGCGCUGCUGUUCGCAAGGAAAAGGGUUUACCCAUAUUAGUCGAAUUAUUACGCAUGGAAGUUGAUCGUGUUGUGUGUGCAGUGGCAACGGCACUGAGAAAUCUAGCUAUCGAUCAGCGGAAUAAGGAGCUCAUUGGAAAGUACGCCAUGAGAGAUUUAAUUCAGAAAUUACCAUCUGGUAAUAAUCAACAUGAUCAGGGCACUAGUGACGACACUAUUGCUGCUGUUCUUGCAACUUUGAAUGAAGUUAUUAAGAAGAAUGCUGAAUUCUCGAGAUCUCUGUUGGAUGCUGGUGGGGUCGAGAGGCUCAUGAAUAUUACGAAACAGAGACAGAAGUAUACGGCGCGUGUUCUUAAAUUUGCCGGACAAGUAUUAUUCACAAUGUGGCAGCAUGCGGAGUUGCGUGAAGUGUAUAAGAAGCACGGAUGGAAAGAGGCUGAUUUUGUUACGAAAACGGUUGCAGCUCGCAACAGUUCCGGCCUCAAUUCACCAAAUAAUGCAAACAGUUACGAUUUCAGCACAUUGAAUAGGCCAAUGGCGAGCCAAGGCAGCACCCGAUAUGAAGACCGGACUAUGCAAAGAUCGAACAUGAAUUCGAAUAAUAUCGGACGGUCUAACGUAUAUCAAUCCGUAAGUCACGUUUAGAAGAAAGAAAAAUCAAUUUUUUAUUCUCCCAUUAUCUGCCUUCUGAUCUUUAUUAUUGAAUUCAACCGUAUUAUUUUUAUUCUGUUACAUCGUCAGCUCAAAUUUGUUGGACUUUAUUUCACUGGGGGUGGGUUUGCCUCCAGCUUAAAUAGCAUUUUUCUUAUCAGUAUAAUUCUAAAAUGCAUGCGACAGUCAAUGAUAUUUGAAGCUAAGUGACGAUUACGCUGUGGGAGAUGGGCAGUGUUCAAUAUGAGGUGCAUGUGCACCUUUGGCUCGAGGACAACUGCCUGUACCCCACGUAUUCUGUGAUUUAACCCUUAACUACAUCCAGCGAGCUUCUUGCACAUUAUAGAGCAAUAACGCGUUAAUGAUUAUGAAUUUUUCACUUUGUUACGGGUGAAACUCGGUGAUUAAUCGGUUAUCCAGUAGUUAAGGGUGAACUCGCCACAGAUGUUUUUUAUUGUGAAGAAAAACUAGAAAAGAACCUAGUGGAAUGUUGAAUUACCUCUGAAAAUGAUUUAUUUCGUUUGUUUUAUUUGCGUGAAAACAUAAAAAUUUCUUUAGUCAAUUUAAUUACGUUGGAAUGUGUUUUCAGGGUUAAUCAAUUUUUCAAGAGAAUAAAGUUUAAAAAAACGCUCAGUGGUACUACAUAUAAAAGACUCCCUGUAAUUUAAAGUAUAAAAAAACAAAAAUCAUGCCCAUGAAGAUUGUUUUCUUCACGUUGCAUCGAUAAGCUAAGGAAAGUGAAAUUAAUAAUUAUGAGAGAAACAAAACGGCAUAACUAAUUUACACAAGUGAGCAUUAAGGAGCUGAAGACGAUGAAAGGAAUAUAUCAAUCGUUUAUUUUUUAUCAUUUUUAUUCAUUUUUUAUUUACGCAAACUGUUAUGUGAGUAGAUCUAGUGAGAAUAUACAACAAAGAGAGAAAUCAUCUUCCGAAUCUUCACGUCAACAGUUCCUAAUUAAUAGGUACUAAUUAUAACCCAUCUAGAGGUUAGCGUUCGAUUAAACAGGGGAAUUCAUAUAGUUGUUUUACAUCAUUGUGACUUCAUAGAAAAUUGUUGAAUGAAAUUUUCAAGGGGAAAUGGUAUUAUUCGCAAGCCAGUGUGGCAACAAAUUUUUACUGAUUUUAACACGAAAAAGUAAUUAAUUAUUUUACGUUAAUGAAUGAAAACGUAGGAAAAUCAUCUUUAUAACUCGAACUAAAAAUUUCAUAUGCAGCUCCACGAAAAUAUACAAAUUGCAUAAUUUUUAUUCAAAUAUUUCUAACUAAUGGACUAAAACGAAUAUUAUUUGCGACUGCACCCUGUCAUCGAAGAAUUUUCCCUCCACAAUGUCCUAUCACCCCAAUCUCAAUCCGUGAGAAGGAAAACACCAGGAAUGAGGGGGAAAAAAUAGUAUGGACACGUGUGGAGGGAGCGAUGGAGGGGAAUUUUUUUUGUCACUACGAAAAGGAAAAAAAAAGGGACAGUUGCAUGACUCAUAAAAAAUAUACACGUACAUGUAUAUACCUCUACUAUGUAUAUAUAAUAAUUCGCAGCAAUAUAAAAUCAUAAAUAAAUGAAAAAAAUAAUAAUAAUACUACAACUCUUUAUAUGUCUAACGCGAUGUGAAGAGCAAAUGGAAAAAAUGAAGGAAAUGUGUUCUACAUGCAUUUUAUACACAUUUGUCAUAAUGAAAAUUAAAUGAAAAAGAAAAAAAAAUACAUAUUGUAAUAGACACCAUUUAGGAGGAAAGAUGAAAGACUCGCAUGCAUAAGAAUUCUCAUACUUUCUUUUAUAUUAAGUGUGUACUCCAUCGAGAAAGUAGGGGAGUAUGAAAAAUAUAACGAAACAAUUAAAGUAAUAAUAAAAGAAUAACACCAGUUGA